AUGGCAGAUCCAUUCCUGGUCACCUUGCACAUUAUCACCAACCCAGGAGAUGCGGCAGCCCUGCAGAGCGCAGUUGACAGCCUUGUAACGUGGAUUAACCCCAAGCUACGGCUCUUCAUUGCCUCCGAGCGCGGAUCCUCAAAGCCACGGGGGACGAGGAGCGGCGGCAGUGCUGCCCACCCGGCUCUGGCCAUCAUUGUCUUCAUCCAUGAAGAGUGCGGGCAGCAGAUUUCCCAGCUCCACGAGCGUUUCCUCCACCCACCGUGGGAGUACCACCACACCGAGAUGGUCAAGGGUCGAAUCCUUCCCUACAUGCCCCGGAACCAGGACUUCUUCACUCUGGCCAAUCACAAUGCCCUCUGGGCUGUAAGGCAGGUGCACUAUGGGAAGGAGAUUGUCCGCUUCACCAUUUACUGCAGCUUUGACAACUUUGUCGACAUGGCGAGGAUGUACCAGCUGAUCCUGAGGAGAGAGUCGUCCCAGCGAAAGCCGGACUUUGUGUUCUUCACCGUCUAUUCCAACGCGGAGGUUGAUGUUCAGCUCUCGCUGAAGAGGCUCCCGAAGGGUCAGGGCACCUCCCCCACCGAAUUGGCCUUGCUCGAGUUCAGAGUUCAUGACAUUGGACACCUCAUCCCUCUGCUGCCUAACCCCUGCAGCCCAAUCAGUGAGCUGAGGUGGCAGACGGAAGACUAUGAUGGAAACAAGCUCCUGUUGCAGGUACACAGUUUGUCCAGGAACUCUUGGAAGAGGAACAUCAUUGCCCAAUCCACUGCAGCAAGGGGCAGUUCUUGCCGACCUGCAAGUAGCUCACUCCCCCAGUGCCUGGGAUGUGCCCCUGACAGGUACCGGCACCACUGGCAGACUAACCACAAACCACGCCACACCAGCGGCUUCAGCCAUCUCCGAGGGACAUCCCAGGAGGACAUCUGGAUUGCUUGUCGAGGGGAUUCGGGCACCGGUACCUCCAGGGUUUCCCGGGUAGCUCAGCGCAGCAAGUCCUUGUUCUGUCUGCCAACCUUCAGCAGCUCAUCGUGCUCUUCGUCAUCUUCAUCGCCACUGGGGGAGCUGGCCCUUUCGCUGGCCAACCAUGGGCAACAGGCUCGGGUCCCAGCUCGGGAUGUCACCUCUGGGAUGGCGGCCGAAGGCCUGGAAGAGACCGAUGUCGACACCGGCUUGACCACAUCACACUCUGACCUUGCUGCCCUCUCCGUGCCCUCGACACUGAACGGCUUGGGCAAAGAAUUAGGGGGCGCUCUUCCCCGUCUGGGUGACUGUAGCACCUGGACAAAGGCAGGUCUCUUCAGGGCUUCACUGUCCACGGACGACUCGCCUCCUUCCUCCUCCGGCCUUUCCUCCAGGUCUUCUCCUGGGUUCCAGGAAUUUUCUUCCUGCAGUCUGACCUCACGUACCCCACCUCUGCAUGCCUUCACUGCAGUGUCGCGGCUCUGGCCCAGAACAAACCAGCCCUCCUCCUUGGAGAAUGCAACUAGAAAUGAGAGCUGCCCUGAAGGAGGACAACCCGCUCCUUUUCAGGAGGAAGAGCAGGAAUUUUACAUUUGA